AUGGAGAAGGAGCACCAACCAGACUCCAUGGCCACCAUCACUAUGAAGCCGGAGUACCCCCCAUCAGAAGUGUACAGCACGGCGGAGCCUCCACCGGCGUACCGGCAAAGAGUAUCAUCAUCAGUACAAAUCGCGAGAAUAGCAGCGCUCACAGUAGUAGCGGCUUCAUUCAUCUUGGGUUCAUUCAUCCUGGCUUCUAGCUGGGUGGCAGCUCGCUCUUCGUGUCACCAGCUUGAGCAGCUGGAUGCCAUGCUCGACAAGGAACUAGCACUUGAAGGCCGAGCAUACGGAAACGAUGGAUUGUUGGCGGAUGAGCCCCUACCAGUGAACAAUGCUCAUGCACUGCAUGGCAUUCCUCCUUCUCAGUCACCAGAAUCGACGCCUGUGCAUUCCAGCCAACCGGUGCCGGUCGCCGUCAGCCAGGUCAAAGACGAUGCACUCAAUCAUGCCGAGUCGAAGAUCGAUGAAGAGAAAUUGCAGAAAAUUGAUGAUGAAAAAAAUGACUCGCCGAACUCAGCCAGCGAUGACAGCUCGGAGUCUGACAGUUCGGCCGAAGAGGAAGAUGAACUUGACGCAGUCCGGCCAAUGUUCAAGUUGCCAGUACAGUUUGAUCUUGAUGAGCUAGCGGGUGCCUUCCUGGCGAAUAACCAAAAGGGUCGCAUGAACUGCAUGGUGGAGAGGCGCCGCGAAGAUCCAAUGGAGAGACGGUUCCCUUUCAAUAUCCUCGGAGCAUUCGGCCCACGCCCAUCUCAGGCUGAACGUAUUGCCAUUAUCUGCCAUGGAGGAGACGAGCCUAGGCCCAUGAACUUCCCAGAACCACAGUCGCAAGUGUUCGCGUUCCCCCUGACAGGUCCAGUGAGGUUGCCUUUGAGGCCCCAGCCUGAACGCCCCGGACCUCCACCGUCUGCCGCUCCCCGCAUGCCACCCUUCGCACCCCUCUCGCACCGCCCUGCGCCGUUUCCCCUACCCAUGCCAUGGGAUUCUUCGGAGGAACAAAUGGGAGGUCCCCGUGAAAUGCGCAUUCAUGUUCAGCGAGUGAUUGCAAUCCCCGCCCCUCACAAUAUGCCCCCACCACCAGAGAACAUGAGCCCCUUCCAGCCUCCACCACCACCUCAACAGAAUCCAGAGCAGAACGAGCAGCAAACGGUCCUUCAUCAGUUUGUUCCGCAGUCUGCCCCCACACAGGAACUUGAGCAGCCUGAGACUAUUCAGAUGCAGAAAAUUCCUAUGGAUGGCACUCCAGUACAGAUGAACUUGCCCUGGGGUCUGAGUCCCGAAGAACUUCACGCUAUCCACCGCACCGCAGCAGAUGUGGCCGCCAACCAACGCCGUGAACAACAGAUCGACAAUGACAUGCAGGAGGUAAAGACAAUCGUUAACACUCUGGCUGCGGCAGCAGAAGCGGAUGCUGAAGCAGAGGCGCGUGCGCAAGCCGAGGAGCAGCACCAGCAACAACAGCCUGAAGACAUGCGCCCAGAAAUGAUACAGGCACCACGUGCACAGCGCACGCUUCUGCUGCCUCAAGACCUACCCGUCGAUGAGAGGCCGCAUUAUUUGCAGCCACGUUCUGUUCGUAGCGUGGAUGCUAUGCUGAAGAGUGAAAAGCGCGUUAAGCGCUGCGCGUGCAAUUGCGCUUAG